UUAAAUGCCCAGCCCCGCCCCUCCCCGCUGUCAGUCCGCUCAGAUCUCCGGCUGCUGCAAUGGAGAUCAGCUUCGCCGGGCGCAGGGCUCUGGUGACCGGGGCAGGGAAGGGGAUCGGACGGGGAACGGUGAAGGCUCUGCGGGCUGCCGGGGCUUCGGUGAUCGCGGUGAGCCGAACUUCAGAGGACCUGGAGAGUCUGGCCAGGGAGUGUCCUGGAGUGGAGACGAUCUGUGUGGAUUUGGGGGAAUGGUCAGCGACUGAGGCUGCCAUGAAAUCAAUCGGGCCGGUGGACCUUCUUGUGAAUAAUGCAGGCGUGGCUCAGCUGCAGCCGUUUCUUGACAUCACACAAGAAGCAUUUGAUGGGAGUUUUGCAGUGAAUGUGAAAGCUGCAAUUCUUGUAUCUCAGAUUGUGGCGCGUCAGAUGGUUGAGCGCGGAGUACCUGGGGCCAUUGUCAACGUGUCCAGCCAGGCAUCUCAGGUGGCCCUUCAAGAUCAUGCAGUAUACUGUGCCACAAAAGGCGCUCUGGACAUGCUCACAAAGGUGAUGGCGCUUGAACUGGGUCCAAAAAAGAUUCGUGUCAAUUGUGUGAACCCCACAGUGGUAAUGACUGAUAUGGGGCGCGCUAACUGGAGCGAUGCCCAGAAGGCUGAGCCAAUGCUAAAUCGGAUUCCUAUGGGACGCUUUGCAGAGGUGGAAGAUGUGGUCAAUAGCAUCCUCUUCCUGCUCAGUGACAAGAGUGGGAUGACCACCGGCGCAUGUCUCCCCGUGGACGGGGGCUACCUUAUCAGCUGAGAGGUCUCAGAGGGUUCCAACGCACUGAAACGUAGACAGCCUGCAACAUCUCUGCUCUUUAAUUGGCCGUGAAGCCGUAGGUUACAGAGGUCUCUGCAGCUGCAAGGCUUUAACUAGAGCGUGCUUAUUCUUCCAUUCAGCUCCUGAAGGUGUGCGGAUUAGCGAUUAGACUCCCGGCAGGAGUGUAUAAUGAGACGAUCUGUAAACUUGGUGUGUUCAUCGCUGGCUGCCUUAGAGGAAAAUCAAUAAACCAUUACUGAGAACAUG